AUGUACAGUAUCAGGGAGUUACAAUAUCAAUAGCUUGUUCUAAUUAUAGUCCAGCUCAAUUUGAGGCUCUCCGCCAAUUAAUCCAAUUCCCAAUCCAAAUUAACAAAAUUAUUAUGACCCUUAAUGUAUGCCAUUUUUCCGCAUUCAUUCAUUCACUUUAUCAUAUACUUCUUUUUCUUCAAUAUGUACCAUUUAAUUUCAUUUUUUCAAUUUUAGACAGUAAGUAUAUAUCUUUGAUAAGAACAAAGCAAUUAUGGUAGAGAAUUAGAGGGAGAAAAAAAUGGUUCAGUGAUUAAGGGUCUAUGGUUUUUAGAGUCAAUUAUGGUAAAAGCAAAAGGCUAGUAUUAACCUCACAUUUCAUUCAUUCAUGAAACAAACUCAACAGAUUACUUCCCAUUUCUUUCAACCAUAUCAAAAACAUGCACACCACAUGUUCAAUGAAAGUCCAUUGUGGUCCCUAGACUCCCCCAGGUAGUUUUGUUUACAACAUCUUAUUUUGUUUGAAGGUUUCUGUUCUAUCUUUCAUUGAUCAAGUAGUACUUUUGGUGUUGGUGCUAUAUCAAGAAGAAGAAGCAGGAAAAGGUUUCUUUUGACUUUUUGAAUCUAAUCAACAAUGGUUCGCCAUUUCGGUCAUUCACACAGCAUGCAGAAGUCAAAAUCUUUUCAUUUCAGGAGGAUGUUUGAUAUCCCAAAGAGCCAUAUUCAUGGCUUAUUCGAUAGGGAUAACGACGAAGAUGAUGAAAACAAUAAGAUUUACUCGAGAAGCUACGAGUCAAGAAAUACAUUCGAAGUUAAGCCAAUUGGACGUGUCCUCAAUAAUGAUCAAGCAACAAGUUCAGGUGUUCAAAUACCAAAGAUUCCUCCCAGGCCCCCAACUGAAGCUGACAUGAUCAAGGAUAGGUUUGGUAAGUUACUUUUAGGAGAAGACAUGUCAGGUGCAGGAAAUGGUGUUUCUUCAGCAUUGGCUUUGUCAAAUGCCAUAACAAAUCUAGCUGCAUCUGUUUUCGGAGAAAUAUCGAAGCUGAAGCCAAUGUCUCCAGAUAAGAAGGCCAGGUGGCGAAAAGAAAUCGAGUGGCUUCUAUCGGUGACUGAUCACAUUGUUGAAUUUGCUCCAUCACAGCAGUUAGCUAAAAAUGGAACAACCAUGGAGAUCAUGACGACACGACAAAGAGCAGAUUUGGUCGUGAACAUCCCUGCCUUGCGCAAACUUGAUGCAAUGCUCAUUGAUACCUUGGAUAACUUUAGAGAUCACAAUGAAUUCUGGUAUGUUGAUAAAAGCGACGAGAAGGGCGACGAUAAAACCAGCAAUCAAAGGAAGAAUGACAAGUGGUGGCUGCCAACAGUUAAGGUUCCACCAACAGGUUUGUCAGAUCUAGCUUUGAAAUGGAUACAGUGUCAAAAGGACUCUGUUAACCAGGUUCUCAAGGCAGCCAUGGCAAUAAACGCGCAAGUGCUAGCAGAGAUGGCAAUCCCUGAUAACUAUAUGGAAUCUCUCCCCAAGAAUGGCAGAGAAAGCCUUGGUGAAUCAGCAUACAAGAUCAUUACUGAGGAUUUCUUUGAUCCUGGUCAAUUCCUCCAAACAAUGGACAUGUCAACAGAACAUAAGGUGCUUGACCUGAAGAAUAGGAUUGAAGCUUCUAUAGUUAUAUGGAAAAGGAAGAUGAACAACAAGGAUAGUAGCAAAUGGAGUUCAGCAGUGAGCAUGGGGAAAAGGGAACUCUUUGAGGAGAGAGCGGAGACGGUAUUGCUGCUAAUCAAGCAGAACUACCCAGGACUUCCACAAUCUCAACUUGAUAUUUGCAAAAUCCAAUAUAACAAGGAUGUGGGACACGCCAUUCUAGAAAGCUACUCAAGAGUAAUAGAAAGCCUAGCUCACACAGUUAUGUCAAGGAUUGAGGAUGUCUUAUAUGCUGAUUCAUUGACACGUAAUCCGUCAUUGGCAGUGAGUAAAAACAGGAGGUUCUCACCUGUUUCUUCGUCUGCAAGUGGGGAGAGAUCCCCAAAUGCUGAGGAAGAAGAGGCAGGAACCUCACAACAUUCUGACGAGACACCAACGGCAUCAAUGACUCUCUCAGACUUCAUGGGUUGGAGUGCAUCCAAGGAAGGGAGUGAUCAUGUAAAGACUACAGGAGACUUAGAUGAAAGCUUAGCAACAACACCAAAGAGAGCAUACUAUGUGGAUAAGCUUGAAAGCUUGACUUCGAUGAAAAGUCCUAUAGGCCGAGAUUGAUGUUAAUAUCAAAGAAGGAGCAAGGUAGAACACAAAUAAACAACAUUUACAGAGCAGAUGUAGACACCCAAUAUAGAGUCUUAUGCUUCUUAAAUAUCAGGCUUGUACAUUAUUUCAGUCAGGCUCUUAGGUUUUGAAUUUUCUGCACUGCUUGUAAAUUCUUUAUUCCUUUACUUCUUUAAGGUAGUGGAAGAUUUGUGCUGCUUCUGGUGUAUAUAUUUAGUAUUUCA